GUUCGUGCAUGAAAUUCUCAUCUCAUCUCAUCUACUCACUUUCAAGUUUCAACGGUGGAGAUAUGAUCUGGUGCAAGGAUAAGGAUAACUCACCGAAAGCUUGUACGUCACCACCAAUCUCAGAAAUUUCGUUACGUCAGAAACCGUUUUCUUUGGGGUUAUUUUACAACUGAAAAGCGAAAAAGAACCCCCUCCCGUCCCCAACCGGCCAAUCAAUAUAAAUACUUUCGCGGUCUCCAUUCAAAUUCCCAAAGCUCUCUCCUUAUAUUUCUUAAGUGCUAAGGCGUUCCAAGUUACGGCUUCUCUCUGAAGGUGGUGGUUCUUACUUCUGAGAUGGAAAAGCAGCAGCUCCGAUGGAGUCGUGGGAAUUACAUAGGGAAAGGUUCAUUUGGAAUCGUUAGCCUCGCCACCGAUGAGUCUGACGGCCGAAUUUUCGCGGUGAAGUCCGUCGAUCCCAAUUCGUCUGUCCCUUCUCACCUCGAAUCAUUAGAGAACGAGAUUCGGGUUCUGAAAUCACUGUCCUCGCCUUACGUGGUGGAGUACCUCGGUGACGACCUGACGCAGGAGACUGCGACAACAUGGUACCGGAAUUUACACAUGGAGUAUUUGCCCGGAGGUACCGUUGCUGACUUGUCCACGCAAUUUGGCGGGAAGGGUACUGAUGUGGACGAGCGCAUUGUACAGUCCUACACUUGGUGCAUCGUCUCUGCUUUGUGGUACGUACACGCCAGGGGCAUCGUCCACUGCGACGUCAAGGGUAGGAAUGUUCUGGUGGGUUCGACGCCCGGUGUCGCAAAGCUUGCCGAUUUUGGGUCCGCCAAGCGAAUCUUCGGCGGAGGAGCAAAUAACGAGGAAGAAGGGAUGAUCUUGCCUCGUGGGACGCCACUCUGGAUGGCGCCAGAGGUAAUCCGACGGGACCGGCAGGGGCCAGAAGCUGAUGUCUGGUCGUUGGGUUGCACGGUAAUCGAGAUGAUCACUGGCAAGCCAGCGUGGCAAGAUUGCGGUGGUGCCACUGCAACGAUGUGUCGGAUCGGUUUCUCCAAUGAACUACCGGAUUUUCCAGCUAAAUUGUCGGCAUUGGGUCGUGAUUUCCUCGAUAAGUGCCUGAGAAGGGAGCCGAGCGAGAGGUGGACUUGCGAGCAGCUUCUACGACAUCCUUUCGUAUCGGCAGGUGCUAUUACGGAACCAUCUCCAAGGUGCGUACUAGAUUGGCCUAAUUCGGAAUUCUACGACGACGAAGAGGAGGAAGAAGAAAUUCAAGUCCGUAAUGGUUCAAGUUCUCACAAUUCCGAAGUUCCUGCUAGGGAAAGGCUUAGGGGAUUAACUACUGGUAGGAGGCUGCUUUGGGAGUCCGAUGGUUGGGAGGUAGUAAGGCAGCCGGGUUUAGUCUGUGACAGGGGAGAAGGUACGUGUGGUGGCGGAGUGGGAAGAGAUGGCACAAGUUCGGAAUAUUCGAAUUUGGUUGGGAAUAAAGAGGAAGAGGCAGGGAUAAGUUCGGAAUCUCGGGAUUUUCUUAGUGGCGGAGAAGAAAGUGAAGGGACAUCCCCGGAAUUUUUUAAUUCUGUUGUUUGUCUCCCUUGUGGUGAGUGGUUGAAUUGCGUAAUAAUCUGUAGUGGUAGUGGUGGUGGCAGUGGAGGUGAUGACAGAGCUGAUUCUGAUUGUCAGCAUGAGCAAAAAAUGGGCUUUUACGGUUGGUGUAAAUUGUUAUUGUUAAUUCAUUUAAUGAAAACUCAGAUUUCAUUUAUUAUUUUUAUUCUUGGCUUCAGUUCAUCAUAUACAAAGAUGCAUGUGAGCACCGUCUCUAUCUCUCUCUCCAUCCAGAAAUCCAGUUGGGUUGGCUUUCCACCACGUGAAAUACAGUCUGUCCCUCUCUUUGAGCCUAAAGUCCUAGAAGAUUCAGUUCAGUGGUCAGUCCUGCAACAAAGACAAACAACCCAAUAUAUAAUUGCGUCUGUCGUAUGGCAGAGAAUGGAACGCAAAUUAAUGAACAACGGACAAGUCUAUGUAAGAUGUUGA